AUGCCUUCUGCAGCUCUGUUUCGGACAUUUUCGCUCGUUAUUUGUGCGCGUCUGGUGAUUUCUGCUUCCAACCCUUCGAGCGACACUCCGGUGGUGCACACGGACCAUGGCCCCAUCCUGGGCAGAAAAUUGACUCUCCCCGCAAGACACGUGGACGCAUUCUACGGCAUUCCGUUCGCAGAGCCGCCAGUCGGGAAACUUCGCUUUCAAAAACCGGUGCCGGCGAAACCUUGGAAAGGAAUCUACAAUGCCACCGAGAAACCCAAGCCUUGUUGGCAGUACGACGUGCCUUACUCUACGAUCACCCUCAACUACCUCAAUGCCUCCAUAUCAUCUGAAGACUGCCUUUUCUUAAACGUCUGGAGGCCAUCGUCCGUGUGUUCACAAUCUGGUGAAUGUGACACGAAGCUUCCCGUCGUCGUUUAUAUUUAUGGCGGCGGGUUCCAAAUCGGUGACUCGUCUCUUUUUUUAUCUGACCCAGCCAAUUUCGUUUCGCUCUCGGACGUUAUUUACGUAACCAUGAACCACCGCAUGGGUGUCCUGGGAUUUUUGGCAUCGGGAAGAAAAGAACUGCCUGGCAAUCUUGGUCUAUGGGAUCAAAAUCUCGCUUUGAAGUGGGUUCGAGAUAACAUUGGGCAAUUCGGCGGAAAUCCCAAUCAUAUCACGCUCAGCGGAUUCAGCUCUGGAGCCAUCUCUGCUGGUCUUCAUGCCAUCUCGCCUCAUAGUCAGAAGCUAUUUUCUCGUCUCAUUCUUCAAAGUUCGACACCGUUGUCGUUAGCUGUAGGUCUCACAGCCGCUGGCGCAGGAAAAUUUUUGAAUGUCGCCGGGGCCCUAGAUUGUUUCACCGGCGAAAAAGACUGGUCUAAUAACUUUAAUAAAAUCGUCACCUGUUUACAGAAACCCGACGCGGAGACAAUUUACCGAACACUCAAGAAAGGGGAUCCAAUCAACCAGUUCUUUAGUCCGGUUUAUGGUGACGAAUUUCUGCCAGACGAUAUUAGAUCAAAAGAGAUAUGGAAAUCCCUUAGCACCAAGGAAAUUCUUUUGGGAUCGACUUCCGACGAAGGAUCGUACUUCUUAGAUUUCCUGAAAUCUCAGGUACCACAACUCACGCAGGUUUUGAGUAUUGACUAUCGACUCGCGGGAACUGUCGCCAUUUCAACCUUGUUAGAUGCCCCUUUCGCCAGAGCGAAACAAAUCGUGCACGCUUAUUUUGGAGACGACUCGGUUGAGCACGACGAAACAUCUCUGAACAGUAUCCUAGAGGACAUCUUUGGCGACGUUGUUGUUGACUGCCCCACCAUUCUCUUCGGCGAAGUUGCGGCCGAGCUUGGAAUUAAGGCCUACAGAUACAUCUUUGCGCAUCGGCCGUCCUACAGCAUUUGGCCAAAGUCCUUCGGACCUACCCACAAUGACGACUUGGCGUUCACGCUUGGAUACUUACCGUUUAUAAACGACACCAGCAGGUUCACCCCUCCCCUUGGAGAAGGCGUCAGAAAGAUAUUGAGGGGUAUUCGUUACACACAAGACGAGCUGGAUUUCAUGAAGGAACUGAUUGGAACUUGGACCUCAUUCAUUGAGACUGGGAAGCCAUCAAUCCCAUCAUCCACGACUGAAUGGCCAAGGUUCAGCGCCAGCAAUCCCGAGUGCAUAUACCUCCGGCCACAUAAUUACACCAGAGCUUUGACGCCACGGCGUGAUAUCUGCGAGCUCUGGAGACCACUUCUACUGAGAGAGUCAAGUCAGCAGAAUGAGGAAUAA